UGAAAAAUAAAUUUUAUCAUUAUAACCGAAGCUCAGGUCGCUUUGUCGAAGUUUGCCUCGAAACUGAUACAACCUCGGCCAUGGCGGCAGCAACUUCUCAGUGUCUCACUUCCUCCAUAACAUCACUCUCAUUUCCAACAAUUAAACCUAACAAUUCCAUCAAUUCGCUUAUUGGCCCAAAUUCUUUUAAACCAAUUUGUUUCUCCAACAGAACAACUCCUACUCUUACCGGGUUGAGAAUUUCUAAGGUGAAUGGAUUGUUACGAGAUCACCAGUACAGAGUAUUGGCGGUUUCUGAGUUAAAGCCAGAAUCAGAAUUGAGUGAUUCGAACAAGGACACUACCAUUGACAUAAAAUUGCCUAGAAGAAGUCUGCUUGUACAAUUUACUUGUAAUGAAUGUGGUGAAAGAACACAAAGAUUCAUAAAUCGCUUGGCAUAUGAACGGGGGCUUGUAUUUGUACAGUGUGCUGGGUGUCGGAGGCAUCACAAGUUAGUUGAUAACCUUGGUCUGGUGGUUGAGUAUGACUUGCGGGAAGAAAUCAACUCGGAAGCUAAUACAGAUCAAGUUUGAUAACUGAUGAAAAAAUCAUUUUUGUGUAGUUUGGUUGUGAUAUUUUUGAAAAUUCAUGUUCUCAUCCAGCGCUCUCUGUUUCUGUCAAAAGAUAAAAUAUUCUUAUACAUGAAAUGCAAAAAAAUACAAAAAUGUCAACAGUUUACUGUUUCUUCA